AUGAGUGUUCAUAGGAAAAUUUUGGAGAAGAAUGGUAGAUUGGAUUCUCUGCAAUAACAAUAGCAAUAAUAUCUAGAACCAUAGUUUAAGGAGAUCUAAUAAUAGAUAGAAAAAUAGGAUAUUGAAGUUCUUAAAAAUUUAGAGUCAUAUCAAAAAUAUAAUGCAAUUAAUAACAUAAGGGUUACAUCCAGAGUGUUCCCAAGAACUAAAUAGCUGUAUAUGGAAGCCAAAAUUCCAUUUGCAGUGAUUAUUUAGCCUUAUGGCUUAUCCACAUAAUAAGGAUUCCCUACUGUAAAUUAUGGGAGCAAUCCAAUUUUGAGAUGUCAGAAUUGUAAAUCUUACAUCAAUCCUUUUAUGGAACAUCUGAAGGAUGAAGAUUAUUUGAGAUGUAACAUUUGCACAAGUAUAAUUAAAAUACCAAAAAACUUCAUUAAACCUGAAGACUAAGAGAUGAGACCUGAUUUGACUACUGGAUCCUAUGACAUCAGAGCAGGAUAGGAGUAUUAGAUGAGACCACCAAUGGCACCAGCAUACUUUUUUAUGAUUGACGUGUCACAGAAGAGUCAAGAAUUACUGGGAAUUAUGGGAUAGAUCAUCAAGGAUAUGAUGGUGGAAGAUAAACUCAAUCAAAGAACAUUGUUUGGGUUCAUUACGUUUGACACUAGUAUACAUUUGUACAAUUUCAAUUCUAAACUUAAAUAAGUAUAAAUGUAUGUGUUAACAGAUGACAACGAAAUGCCCACUCCAGACAAUUAUUUGUUUAAUUUGUAAGAUUCUAAAGAUAUCAUUGUGGCCUUUCUGAACCAAUUGGAUAGUUUAUUUCCUAAACCAUAAUUAAUGAGUACUUAAUUCAUUUCAGCAUUUAAUUUGGCCUCUAAGAUUAUGUAAGACAAUGGAGGCAAAUUAAUCAUCUUGACUUCCUCUCCAAUCAAAGAGUUGAAUCUAACUGAUAAUUCUAAAUCACCUCAGAAUCACUUUUAACCAACAAACAAUGUAUUAAAGUAAAUUACUGAAAAAAUGCAUUUGAACUUCAUAAGUCCUUCAAUCUUUGUUCUACCUUGUGGAUUCAAUAAUGUUGGCACUCUAAAUUAAAUAGUCAAAUUCUUGAAUGGUGACAUCUUUUUUUAUGAUGAUCCAACUAUUUAGAGUAAAUAUUUUUUUAAAGUAAGCUCAACGGCUUUAUUAUGAUUUACGUGGGAUCUUGGAGAGAGAUUAUACUUGGGAAUCAGUCUUCAGAGUACGAAUAUCAAGCGGAUGGAAAGUUAAAAGUGUCUAUGGAAAUUAUUCAAUUAAGAAUGCAGAUCUACUAAAUCUAAAUUGCUCAGAAGGGUAAGAGUUUAUAUUUAUAGAAUAGCCAAAAGGUAUUAAUGUAUGAAUUAGAAAUGAAUCAACCUAAUGCUCCUGAAGAUAAUUUAUAUCUAUAAACUGCUUUACUGUAUACUUCAACCUAAGGUGAGAGAAGAAUACGUAUUCAUAAUUUUUGUAUUCCUAUCACUAAUUCAAUAAAGACAAUCUAUUCUCUAAUUGAUUAAUCAUGUUUAGCCAUCUCAUUGUAUAAGAUUGCUCUAUCUCAACUAAAUGCUGCCAAAGAUAUCAAAGACUGUAUUCAAACCAAAGAUUUCUUAAUUACUGCUACCAGAUGCAUAACUAAUAAUUGUAAGAUUUUCAAGGAACCCCUUGAUUCUUUACAUUCAUAUAUGUUAGGUAUUAUGAAAUCUUCAAUCCUUAAUUAUUCCUAUGAUUAACAUUCAGCCCUAACCGAUAAUAUGAAUUACUUCAGAUCAAUUUUCUAAUAUUUAAAUGUGGAUGAAUUGAUUACAUAUAUAGUACCACAAUUAUACAACAUUUCUAAUUUACAAGAACAAGAAUGCUUUUAUGAUGAAAAUGGGUAUUUCAUAUAUCCAUAACCGAUUUCCUUGGUUUUGGAGGAGGUUUCGAAAGGAGGAUUACUGCUGAUGGAUUGUGGUUAUUGUUUGAUAUUGUUUAUAUGCAAGUAUUGAAUCUUUAAUAUGUAGAUUACAUGAUGAAAAUCAAAUAGCUGACAUUUUUGGGAAAUAGUAUCAUAGUGUUAAUCUAGUAGAAGAUAAUCUUUAUUUCAAUUCUAAAAACCCUAUAAAUGAUUAACUACAUUAUCUAAUUACAGAAUUGAGAAGGUAAGCAUUAAAUGUUAUUAUGUCUAGCAACAAGUAUACUAAAUAUGCACCAUUGUAUAUAGUGAAGUAAGGAUGCAAGAGUUAUUGGGAGGAGGUUUUCUUUCAAAACUUAAUUUAUGAUGAUUUUAAUAAGAAUUAUAGAAUGGAAUAUAAUCAAUUUGUAAAAUAUAUUGGUUGA